UAUAGCGCCAUUUUUGUCCAGGUCGUGGUCAAGCUGACAAGUUCGGUCCCGGGAUAGCUGAUGGAUGAGCGGGUAUCGGACUUAUUUGGCUCGGGGAAUGGACUCGGCUCCGGGUCCUCAGCUGUCGCCUCCAACGCCAAGUCGGGGAACGGACACGGCGCAGCCGGCAAGAAAGCUUCAAGAUCAAGAAGUCAAAGGCUCGUUACACCCGCAACUUCAAACCGAGCAACAACAUCCGUACCUACCUCCGGAGGCUGAAGAGGGAAACUUAGAGUACAAGCUGGUGAACCCAACGCAAUACCGCUUUGAGCACUUGGCAACACAGAUGCAAUGGCGACUGCAGGAGGGUCGAGGCGAAGCUGUCUAUCAAAUAGGUGUUGAGGAUAAUGGCAUGCUGGUGGGGCUAUCAGAGGAAGACAUGAGGGCAUCACUGAAUACGCUCCAUAGUCUGGCAGAGAAAGUUGGAGCUGACAUCACUGUCCUCCGAGAGCAAGAAGUGGACUAUGACUCUGAUGAUCCUCAUAAGAUUGUGGAAAUUCUCAUUCGCAAGGUGCCAGAUGACCAGCAGUUCUUGGACCUGCGGGUAGCUGUGCUGGGUAAUGUGGACUCGGGCAAGUCCACUCUGUUGGGUGUGUUGACACAGGGCGAGCUGGACAAUGGACGGGGAAGAGCGCGGCUCAACCUCUUCAGACAUCUUCAUGAGAUCCAGACUGGACGGACUUCAAGCAUCAGCUUUGAGAUCCUGGGCUUCAAUAGUAAAGGAGAGGUUGUGAAUUACAGUGAAUCUAGGACAGCGGAGGAGAUUUGUGAGAGUGCCUCUAAAAUGAUCACAUUCAUUGAUCUGGCUGGUCACCACAAGUACCUGAAAACCACAAUUUUUGGCCUCACCAGCUACUGUCCAGACUUUGCUAUGCUUGUUGUGAGCGCAAAUACUGGCAUUGGCAAGUGACUCAAUCCCAUCCUGCUCAUUUAAUGCAACUUGCUCUGUAUAAGAGCAUCGUAUUGAACGCAUCAAUUAAACAUUACACAUAAAAGCAUUUGUGUGUCACGAUGUACAUGAAUAAAACUUUUAUUGUCUUUA